CUUUUGAGCACCUUCUCGGCUCUGUUCAAGUGCGUCCUUUAACAUCUCCGUGUCCACCAUCUGGUGACAGUCACGGCGCGCACCACGCCGCGAGCGCAUUGGAGCUUUUGCCUUUUUCUGCGCAACACAUUGUGGGAUUAUUGAAAGGAACAUUUAAAAUGCAAAGUCUUCCACCUCCAAACCGGUUAAACAAAGUCGGGGGAUAUUUUAAAAUGAAGAUGAAUUAGCAAUGAGCACUAAAACACUUCCAUUUAUAAAGAAGUGGCGUAGAUUUUGUAAAUGGGUAGAUUAAACCCACUCACAGGUGGGAUGACGUAAUCAGCUUUGCAGAGGGAGAGGCUGAGGUAUCAUGGACUCCUGGAUUUUCCCAUCAACCCCUCCGAACUUGUCGGAGCACCUCAUGUUUGACAGUUUCAUGCAGAGCAAUGGGUCUAACCUGAACAACAGGAACGACACAGACCACAGCUUCAACAAAACCAGCACAGUGGUUAUUACCUGUAUGUACUUUCUGGUUUGUGCUGUGGGUCUCUGUGGAAAUGCCCUUGUCAUCUACGUCAUCCUGCGUUAUGCCAAGAUGAAGACAGUCACUAACAUUUACAUCCUCAACUUGGCAGUGGCAGAUGUGCUCUUCAUGCUGGGCCUGCCUUUCAUUGCCAUCCAGCUGGCACUGGUUCACUGGCCAUUCGGGCCUGUGCUCUGCAGGGUCGUGAUGACUGUCGACUCCCUGAACCAAUUCACCUCUAUCUUCUGCUUGAUGGUAAUGAGCAUAGACCGCUACCUGGCAGUGGUGCAUCCCAUUAAGUCCACAAAGUGGCGAAAGCCACGCAUGGCCAAGACUAUCAACCUAGCAGUGUGGGGAGUGUCAUUGUUGGUUAAUCUCCCCAUCGUCAUCUACAGUGGCGUGAUUACAAAGCAAGAUGGCUGCUUCUGCACCAUUGUGUGGCCUGAACCUCAAGAGGCCUACUACACAGCAUUCAUGUUCUACACCUUCAUUCUGGGCUUCUUCUUGCCCCUCAUGGUCAUCUGCCUCUGCUACCUGUUUAUUAUCAUCAAGGUGAAGUCUUCAGGUAUUCGUGUGGGCUCCUCCAAGAGGAAGCGCUCAGAACGGAAGGUAACCAGGAUGGUGUCCAUCGUGGUGGCAGUAUUUGUUUUCUGCUGGCUGCCUUUCUAUGUCUUCAACGUGACCUCAGUAACAGGCACCAUCAGCACCACUCCCAUCCUGAGAAGCACCUUUGCUUUUGUGGUGGUUCUGGGAUAUGCCAACAGCUGUGCAAACCCCAUCCUUUAUGCAUUCCUUUCAGACAACUUCAAAAAGAGUUUCCAGAAUGUUCUGUGUCUUAAGAAGGUGGGGGGACUUGAUGAGGCUGAGCGCAGUGAUAGCCGGCAGGAUAAAUCUCGCAUGAUGAACGACCCCACAGAGACCCAGAGCACUCUGCUGAAUGGUGACCUGCAGACCAGCAUUUGAGAGAAAGAGGACUGGACUCUAACACAAAAGCGGACGCUUUUCAUUUUUUUCUUUUUUUUUUUUUUUCCUUUUUCAACCAGUGUCCUUACUGCCAUAUGUUGUUCAACUUUAACUUUUAAGAAAGGACAGAUCACUAACAGAAUUAAAAAUUAAUAGGACAUCAAACUGUAUUGUUGGUUUGGGUCAUCUGCUUGGAAACAAAUCCAUUCUAACAAACUCAUGGGUUCAUACAAAUCUCUUCAGUGGGCUGCAAGUCAGUGUAGUUGAUGCCUCUUAGUUUUUAAUGUGUUGACUAAAAAAAGUAGCAGACACCACCACCCAUUUGCAAAUGGUCCCCAGGGUGAUAUGGAUUUUCCCUGGAAACUGUUUUAGCCAGUUUCCAUAUCUCUGUAUCAUCUGAUAAAUCACAAAGUCCAGAGUGUGUUUUUAUGCUGUUUUUAAAGCUAUAGGUUGCUGUUUUCUGAAAGGUUAUUUGUGUGUAAAUAAUUGUACAUAGAAUGGGCAGACUAUAAAAAGUAAGGUAUUAAUAACUUAUUUCAUUUUGUUUUGAAUUACUAAAUCCAACAUGUUGACAAGUGAUAUCAGUCAGUCGGACAAUGUAACGAGUGUUGUUUGCCUCUGUGUUUAACCAUACAACAAUUCUUCUAAUUUGUGUGAGUGCAGUUACGUUUGAUACAAAUCUGCCAAGUUAAAAUGUGGAAAAUAAUGUUCAGUAAGUUACCAGAUAAGUCUUGUGUCAUAUUUUCCCUUGCUUUACUCUUGUGGCAUGUUAACUUAUACCACCAAAUUGGUGUUAUAAUAUAAGCUAAAGCCCAAUAACAGUACUGGUGUGGAAAUUUAUCAAACCAGAUUCUAACCAACAUGCUGCUAAGAUGUAUAAAUAAAAUAAAUAAAUAAAUAAAAAACUCAUGACAGUGUUGCACAAUAUGACACAGAAAACUGUUUUUACUGAACAGAAUCACUGCUUAUAUACUGCUGUUGUCAUUGUUAGCCAAUGUUACAGUGACCUUGUUUUUUCUCCAGUGUUUGUUUAAUUCUAAAUGACUCUAUAUGAAUGCUUUGUUAUAGCUAAUCUUCCUGCUUUGAGUGUAUGAGAGCAUGUAACAUGUCCAGAAAAAAAUGUAACAAAUGAUUGUUUUAUUCCCUUUUUCCUGCCCACUCAUCUGUUGGAAUACAAGAGGAUGAAGUCCUGUUGUGAAGCACUAAGGUGCUUUAACCCAGGAACUAGCAUGUCUUAUUCUUUACAAUUAUUUUCUCUUUGAUAAUUUAAGGGGUCGAGCUUGAUCCUAACUGCCUCACAUCCCAAUUUUCUGGUAAUUCAGGGCACUUGAAAGGCUUCAGAUGACAAGAGGCUGAAUUAUGUGCAUUUGAGAAGGGCUAGAACACUUAUCCUCAAGAGGUUGUGGUGUUCCUUUAUCAUCAUCAUCAUCAUAGUGCUGCUUCACAGUGGAGUCCACACUUCAUCCUGAUGACCUGUGACUCCCUGCCUGUUGUUAUAGUCAGAUUACAAUCUUUGAGUGUAAUGUACUAAUUCACAAAGAUCCUGAUCCGAUGAGUAGUCACAAACAAAAAUGCAAUGUGUAUACAUGUUACAUCUGAUGUGACCAUGUUAGGUUGAUUAUGUGCAUAAAAUGUCUUUGUGUAUUCUGAAGUGUACGCUUCAACACACAUCAUGGGCCCCCAUCCAUGUCUAAUCUAAAUCUGUAGUCUAUAUCUGCAGUAUUGUUGAAUUUGGUCAAAUUGGAUAAUUAUUACUGCUGAAAGACACGGUGCACCUCUAGUGUUUUAUCUUUCUAUUACAACAAUGACCAGUUUAUGUUGGUCGCAAAGAAGCGUUCAUGAUAGUUAUGUAGAGAUGACUCCAGGCAUGAAUCAUGCAUAUGUUACAUUGCUUAGAUGACUGGAGGGGAAAAAUAAGAUAAUGAAUUAAGACUAUAAAAUAUCCACCAUGCAAAAGCUAUAAAAUCAAACGUGUGAAUAACAAAGAUAAAAAUAGUUUCUAGUUUGUGUUAAAGGGGAGUACAAAAUGUGAGAUGGUGGAAAGCAUCAUAGUAGUUACUCUGACAGAAAACGGUGUAUAAUACCAUCUUAUAGUACUUGUAAAUAUAAUUUUAACUUUUUUUUGUACGAUUUCUAACAGAUUGAUUUCUUAAGAUCACAUAGCUGAUUUUCAUGGUAUUUGUUUCGUGUUUUUUGCUCAGUGUGGUUUUCAUGGUGAGUUUACUGCCUCUGCUCUUCACACUUAAACAAGUUCAAUGAGCAGAUUCUGUGUAUAUUUGUGAAGUUAAUAAAGACUUUAAAAAGUG